AAAAUGGAAGAAUUGGACCAAAAUUUCAGAAGAGACAUACACUAUUUGUUGCAAAAGCCGAACGAAGUGUAUAAGAAAACUUUUAUGCAAAAUAAUCAUGGGAUGAUGUUGGAGAUUGGACAGAGUUAUUCAUCGAAAGAUAUAUUCAGCUGUUUAUUGACUUGCGAGUAUCAGCCCAAUCCUGAGGCAGAUCUAAUGGGAAAUCAUCUUCCCGAGGUGACAAUCCUCUGGGCAAGAGCUAGGAACAACUUUCCCAUGAAACUCAACAAGGAACAAUUCCAGUAUUAUUUGGAAUUAAAAAAACAGUAUUUUUGGACUUGCAAGUGUGAGAAUUCCAGUGAGCCAGAACUUAUAAGAAUAGUGAAUAUACUGCAGUUGGAAUAUUCAAUUCAAUUAUCGAUGAUAUAUCACUACGAAGGAAUCAAAGUUGUAAAGCAAGGCUCAUAUGUCAUUUUUGAAGAAACCAAGUAUGUGAGAGCUAAGGAUAAUCAGUCGUGAAGUUUGACCAUUACAUGAAAUUUCAAGAGGUUAAUCCGGCAAGAAAAGCAUUGAAGUCAAUCACUGGUUCUAUUUCAUUGAGACUCCUAGAUGAAGUAAUGAAAAUGACCAAGCCAUCUUCUAAUGGUAUUUCAUACUUGAUUGGUGUCAAGUGGCAGGACACGCUUCCAGUGACCAAUAAUCAU